UCCUGGCAAUGCGGGUGACGUCAUGAGCGUCCUGCUGCCCAACAUGGCGGACUUUGAUACUAUCUAUGAGCUGGACGAAGAGGAGGAGCGGGUGGUGAACGAGGAACACCUCACGAGAUACUGUCCAGAGCCAGUUGUCAUGCGGGGAGCCGGGCACAUUACCGUAUUUGGUUUGAGCAACAAGUUUGACACUGAGUUUCCUUCAAUUCUUACAGGGAAGGUUGCCCCAGAAGAAUUCAAGACAAGUAUUGGUCGAGUCAAUGCAUGUUUAAAAAAAAACCUUCCUGUAAAUAUAAAGUGGUUACUUUGCGGCUGCCUUUGCUGCUGUUGCACACUGGGCUGCAGUCUUUGGCCAGUUAUUUGUCUCAACAAAAGAACAAGAAGAUCAAUACAAAAGUUAUUAGAAUGGGAAAACAACAGACUCUAUCAUAAGCUUGGCCUACACUGGAAAUUAAGUAAAAGGAAAUGUGAAAGCAGUAAUAUGAUGGAAUAUGUAAUUCUUAUAGAAUUUUUACCCAAAUAUCCUAUAUUUCGACCUGACUGAAGAAAUGUACAAGACCUCCUGGCACAAGUUUUCAUUCCUACCCUUAGUGCCUUGUAGUUAAGUUGGAUGAGCAACUUUCUGCACUGCUGUGUUGUAAUAAAUGUACCCAAUUCCCUUUACAAUAGAAUCUCAACACUGUCACUUUCCUUUUAGAGCAAAUUUUGCACAUUCAUUUAUUUACAUUAAGUGAUGAUCCUUUGUUGCACUUUGCUAUGGUUGCUGAAUUUUGUCGUGAUGAACAAGUAGGGUAAUCACAAGAAAACUAUAAAAUGUGCAGAGGAUAAAGUGCCACUUGACCUCAGCUUGUUCUAUAUAACUGUAAAAAGUUAUGUAGAAACUGAAAAGUUGGAGUUGUUCUGUUUUUGUUAUUUUGUUAUGUAGCAAAUCAGAUGGCUGUUUUAUCUCAAAGUUUUCAAUAUCUGAUUACUGAUUUGCAUUCAGGGAUCUAUAAAAGAUCAGUCUUCUAUCCAUCUGUUUAAAUAUAAAACAUGUAUUUAUAUGUGUCUGUGUGUAUGUAUGUAUAUAUAUAUAUAUAUAUGUGUGUGUGUGUGUGUGUAUAUAUAUAUAUAUAUAUAUAUAUAUAUAUAUAUAUAUAUAUAUAAAAUAUCACAGUCAAUUUUCCAUUUAAAAAGUGUUCAGUUAUUUCAGAAGAAUAAUGUAAAACAUUAAACAGAGGCAAAAAACACCAUCAAUCUGUAUUGCACUUUGGAAAUUAAGGGAGGUCAAGAAAAAGAGUCUGUAUAUUCUGCUUUAAUACAUAAUGUACAGUGUGUUAUGCUAUUGUUUACAGAAUGUAAUAUAGCUGUUUAUUGUAUUGCCAAGAAUUUAUUGUACAUUUCUUUAUGAAUGAAAUUUCUUAGCAACUUAUAAAUUUUUAUGGACCAGUUUACCUUUAAGCCAUAAUAAUUGUACGGUAUUUGUAGUAUUAGGUCAGGGGUUAAAAUUUGCACUUAAGUUAUAAUAAGUUAAUAUGGCCUAAUUUAAGUAUAUGUAUGUACAUAUACACACCAACCCAUAUAAACAAAAUGUUUUAAGAGAUUUUAUCAGACAACACAAAAGAGAGAUUCAAUUAUUAAAUCGGUAGUUUCCCUGAUGUACAUAGGUUUGGUUGGUAGCAGGGAUAGAAAUAAUUCAUUCAAAGUUAAAUGUGAAUAAUUAAAUCUUAUUUGACACCAAAACAACAUGCAAAUGUAUAAUUUUUAUUUACUGCACUUUUAAAAUCUCAAUAUACAUUUUGUUUUUUAUUUUUGUUUUAUGGCAGAAUAAAUAAUUCAGUUUAUCCGCUUUUUAAAGACUUUGAAAUUUUAUAAUUACUUGACUUAAUCUGCCAUUUCUGUUUACAAGGUUAUAUUUGAAAAACAUUUUAAACCAUAUAUAGGUAGAAACCAUAGCAUAUUUACACACCCUGUCAUAGCUGUUCCCCUAAAUUACUACAUUUAUUUCCAGUAAAAAUAGAAAACCAAUAUGUAAUAACAAGGCCAUUUUGUUUUUUAGGAAAAUUCCAUUCAGAAUAUUCAACUAUAUACCGUAGUUCCAAAAGAAAAGAGUGAACUACAUAAUAAGGUUUAUUUAUUUAAUUUUUUUUUUUUUUUUACGGAGACCCUACUCGGAAAGGCUCAACAUUAUAGGAAAUGUGUCAGUUUUUGAGGGUUAUAUGCUAUUACAACUGCAAGUACCAUUUUACAUGAUAACAUUACUAAUAGCUGUGGCAUAAUUCCAAAGCUUUUUAAACUUAAAUUGUCUCUGAAACAUAAUCAGAUAACGCUUGAAGACAUAUAAAUGUAAAUUUUGCUUCUUCUUUUACUAAUGAUCUGAGUGAAUGUGUCAGGUAAGACCAAAUGCACUAAAGUUUAAAAUGCACAAAAUUGAUUAAUUUGGUUUUGAUGUACAGUUAUACUGAUGUUUUUGUAUCUUGUCAUCCAGGCAUAUGGCCUUACUAGGCAGGUUUCAUGUUUGUUGUAACAAGAUAAUAAAAGGUAUAUUAUGAUUUGUUUAGAUGGGAUAAAAGCUUAUUUUUAUAGGUCACAUUUCAGUUUGCCAGUAUUUUUCAAAGAAUUGUCAGUCCAGAGUGGUGAUUUUUUUUUAUUAAAGUUAAUGUCUGUUGGUUCUAUAAUAAUGUAUUUAUGUAACAGCCAGUCUUAAAGUAAUAUUUAAUACCUGUAUGAAUGGUUAAGAGAAACUGAUUUUUAAACAUUCAUGCUAUAUUAUUAAAUUAAUUGAUGUUAAACUCAUUUUGUGCAUAUUUUAGUUUCAUUAGAAUAUAAUAAUUUAAUUAUGUAAACCUUUUCUGAUAACUAACUUGUACUUAAAUGUUGUUGUCUCAUUAUGAGGUUUUUAAAAGAUUUUUCAGAAGAAGAAACAAAAACACACAUUGGCACUACAAGUGGCUGGGAAAAGAACACUUUUUGAGACAUAAAAACAAUUGUAUCACUACAUUUUGGCCACAAACCGUUUUCAGGUUCCAGAAUGUAUACUGUAGUUGGGCAUAAUUGAAAAUGUGCCAAAAGAAACUGAAUGGUGUACUUGUGGAAAUCUGUGAAUGCCACUUUUGUCACUUGUUUGUUAUAAAAUAGUCGCGAAAAAUCUCAGGAUUGAAAUGUUCUAAUAAAGGUAACAUGAUUCACAA